UAUUUCUAGAUAUAUGGUUGCAUUGCAUUGCAUCACUGAUAAUAUUGCACACAGCUCUCUCCUCUCUUGUUUUCUAGUUUCUAUUGAAGAGAGCUGGUUAUUGAAAGCUAGAGUACUAGCUAGUCUGCAACACUACAUCUGCAUCAUGGAAAACUUAGUUCUCGAAAAAGCAUUCGAAGUACUGUGUGCUGGAGUUCAGGAUCUGAUUGUCAAGAAUUUCAUUUUCAAGUCUCUCCUCAACGACGCCAAAUCCAGACUCGACGAUUUGGCACCACUGAUCAAGAAGCUGGCGGAUUAUAACCAGGUAAUGGGUGGCCAAGAGAAGGAACUGGAAGCUCUAAAGGGAGUCCUGGCAAAGGGCCAACAGCUCGUCGACAAGUGCUCAACCAUUACACGAUGGAGCCCCUUCAAAAAGUACAAGUACGCCAGACAAAUUCUCCAGUGGGAAAAAUCUCUGAAAAGCCCGUUGAAGAGUGUGAAGCUGCAAGAAGCAGUGAAUGUAAUGGACAUGAGGAUCGAUAUGCAACGCAUGAUGCUGAAACAACAACAUUCUGGAGAAAGUUCGAGUACUAGAACACGACUUGAACUUCCACCACUUCCACGGCUUAUAGUUGGACUGGAUGCUCCUAUGAAAGACUUGAAGGAGAAGCUACUUUGCGAUGAUGGGGAGUCAAUGCUUGUGCUCACUGCUCCUGGAGGCUGCGGGAAAACUACUUUGGCCACAAUGUUUUGUAAAGAUGAAGAGGUCAAAGGUAAAUUCAAGAACAAUAUUCUCUUUAUUCCUGUAUCCCAAAAUGGCAAUUUGGAACUUGUUGUGAAACGACUUUGUAAAUACCUGGGUUCUCCGGUUCGUAGUUUUCAAAACGAAAUACAUAUGCUUCAAUGGAUCGAAACAUUUAGAAAGGAAAGAUCAGAUCCUCUAUUAUUGGUCCUCGAUGAUAUUUGGUCUGGACAAGAAUCCAUUCUUGAGAGCUUUCAAUUUGAAAUGUCAAAUUUCAAGAUUUUAGUGACAUCAAGAUCUGAAUUUCCAAGAUUUAGUUCUGUAUAUCAGUUAAAGUUAUUGGAUGAUGACAACGCCAUGAAACUCUUUUAUCACUCGACAUCAUUGGGAGAUAAGCGCUCUUCUCGUACUAUAGAAGAUAUCUCAAGAAAGAUAGUAAAGCGUUGCAACGGAUUUCCACUUGCUAUUACAGUUGUGGGAAGAUCACUUGCUGGGCAGCCUUUAGAGGUUUGGCGAAGAAGAGAGUCGGAAUGGUCUAAGGGUUCUUCAAUUUUAGAUUCUGAGACGAAAUUGUUUCUUUGCCUCCAAAGCAGCUUAGAUGCUCUUGAUAAAGGAUUUACAACUGUGAAAGAUUGUUACUUAGACCUGGGAUCUUUUCCUGAAGACUACAAAAUCCCGGUUGGUGUCCUUAUUGAUAUGUGGGCAGAGUUGUAGGAUCUAGAUGAUGAUAUUGUGUUUGCAUAUGUUCAUGAACUAUGCAAUCGAAAUCUGGCUACCCUUGUAGACGAAAGAGAUGAUGAUUUGAAGAUGGAGGGGGACGAUUACUACGGUAAACGGUUUGUUACACAACAUGACUUGCUUAGAGAGCUAGGUAUUUACAACGCUAAGAUAGACCCGGUAGAUCAAAGAAAAAGAAUCAUGUUAGAAAUUUGUGGAAACAAUAUUCCCCAGUGGUGGAAGGAACAGAAAUAUCAACCAACCAAGACUCGCUUGUUAUCCAUCACAGCUGAUGGAGAAUUUUCAAUGAAAUGGCCCCAGAUUCAACUACCUGAAGCAGAGGUUCUUGUCUUGAAUUU